AAGCUCAAGAUCUUCCAGUUGGAAAUAAGUUUAGCUCCCUGAAGCACGUGUUAAGUUUCGUCUAAUUAAAUGUGUCGUUUAGUUUGUAUAUUAAUAUUCUUGUGGCUCCUAUGGAAGCAUGGGCAUGCCUUCGAGGUGCUCUUCGGGGAGAGCUAUCCUGCCUAUCGCAUCGGCUCAGACCUGGACACAGAGUCGCAGCGUCUGCACAAACGCGACAUGCAACAGUUUUUCGACAAAGCUGCCUAUAGCUUCAAUGGUCUGGAGCGUGUUGCCUCUGUGCCCGUGCCCUUUCCCCUGGACAUAUGCAUGUUGCAGUUGCCUAGCGUAAAGUAUGCCGUGACGUUGCAUAAGGAUGCGGCAGGUGUGCGCCAGUUCGCUGUCUACGUGUGGCAAGCAGAGCAACAGGACUAUGCGCUAUGGCUGCAGCAGCCGGCGCCCAAGGCCGUGGCCCUGGACUGCCUGGCGUAUGCGGGGCUGGGCUAUGUGGCGGUCAGCUAUAAUCACAGUGAGCCCGUGCUGCAGGCGCGUGAUGGCUCACCCAUCUAUGAACUGUCGCCGGAACGUGUGAUUCGCACGGUGCAAUACUUUGCCGGACUGCAUUUACGUGGCAUGUACCUGAGGAUUAGCAGUCAGGAGCUGACGCUGCUGCAGGCCUACGAUGAGGGCGGGCAGAAGCAGCAACAGAACUGUCCCUACUUCAAGUGGACGAGUGGAACAUUCCAGCGCUUGGGAGCCAUUCCCUGCAGCAACGCCCGUCGCCUGGAGGCCUUUGGCAUUGACUACGCAGACUACGUGGCGGUGGCCAACUACGCCAGUCCAGAUGGCCGCACCGCUACCCAUUCGGAGAUCUACAAGUAUGAGGCAACAACGCGUCGCUUUCAGCUGUUCCAGCGCUUGCGCACCAAUGGAGCAGUCGAUGUGAAGUACUUCAGUCUGCCCGUCAAUGAGGUCAGCCGUCGCCACUUUCUUAUAGUGGGCAAUACGGUGGGCGUCGCAGGCGGGGCAGGAGGCGUCACAGGCAGCGCCGGCGAAGCAGAUACGGUCAUCUAUGUGUAUGAUAAGGGACAAUUUGUGCCCUAUCAGCGUUUGAGCUUCUAUGGACUGGAACGCUUCUUGCCCGUGACGCACACGGUCUCAGAGAAGUUUCUGCUGUUCGUGGCCUGCAGCAAGCAGGACGUGAAAAUUUACAAUCUCAACGAUUGGAAAUUCGAGGAGUCAACUGUGCAGUUCACCGAAGGAGCCUUCAGUAGAGGCGUGGCACGCCUGCGCAGCUACGAGGAGAACGAACAGAGCUACUUGGUUAUCGCCAAUGAGAACAUGGCUGCCAACGAGACCAACAUAUUCCAACCGCUCUACAAACAGGACGAGCAUGCGAAUGUCCUGCGCCAGCAGAUUAUUGAAUGGGCUCGCGAGCAAACAACAAGAAUGGAUGCAGCUCAUCUGGAGCACUUAGUAUUGGACCUAAAGCAUAAACUCAGCGAACGCGGAAAGCAGCUGCAGAAAAUGCACAUUAAGCGCGUGAACACUAAAUCGUUUGUCGAUGUGCAGCAGAAGCUAACUACAAACUACUGGGAUGCGCUGCGCUAUGCGAAACGUGCUUUGGAUAUUAUCGAACUGGAUGCAGCUCGGGCUCAGCAUCAUCCUGUCAAGCGGGAUGGAGUGCAGCAGCCCAACGAGCAGCACGAAUUCGACGAGUUGACAGUGGGCACGUUGGUGGUGCACGAGACAUUGCAGGCGGCGCGGGUCAAUGGAGUGGACAGACAGAAGCCUGUCUACGAGUCGGUCAAGGCCGGCAAGGUGUAUGUGAGCGAGGAGUACAAGGAAGCGGCCAAGGAUCUGCCAGCAGCUGAGCUGCAGCAACUGACCUUGCAGCAGCUGCAGCUGUCAGGCAAGCUGAACGGUCACAACUGGACGCAGCUGCAGGAGCAAACACUCAAGCGGCGCGGACAGGAAGUCCAAUUCGUCAAAGCAGCUGCUGACAUAAGCAAUCUGAGGGCCGAAGCAGUGAGAGUGAACAGCAAUGAGAUCAACGAUCGACCACUCGGUCAGCUGGUGGCCAUCGAUGGUGGCGACUACGUCGUCCAGCAGGACGUACAAUUCGCGCAUCCCAUCGAGGUGAACCGCCUGACCAUCAAUCAGCGUCUCAAUCACAUACACGUGGAUCGCCAGCGCUUCGACGUGCUGCUCCAUGAGGCGAAUCACACCCAGGUGAUUGAGGGCACCAAGCGCUUCGAAAAUAUACGUGUGCUGGAGCCGAUUACGAUUUCGGGUCAAUUGCUGGGCGCAGAGCUGAAUGCCAUGUCGCCCAUGAAGGUAACGCAUCAGGCGCUCGAGCUGCAGGGCGACUAUGUGAUCGAUGGCGAUGUCACAAUCGGACGCUUGCUGCAAGUCCAGGACUUGCGUGAUGCAGUCGCACAGAGAUCAGCAGUUGGCAUACUGCAGCAGGCACUACGCGUGGAUCAGGCUUUAGAGAAUGUGAAUCUGCGCUUUGAGCUGCCGCUGAGUGCCAAUGAUACGCAGCUGAGCUUCAUCAAUGCACAGGAUGUGCAGGAGCUGGUGCAGCUGAACGUGGACCAAGUGCAGGUGAUUGAGGCCACCAAAUGGCUGCCCCAAAGUCUUACCAUACGCGAUGGCUUCGGCGAGGUCAACCUGCUCAAUGGCAUCAAUGUGGAGCAGCUGGCAGAGCAGUUGCUACUGAAGAGCAGCAACCAAAGCUUCAAGUACCCAAUGCAGCUGGCGGGCCUGGAUGCAGCUCAGUUGAAUGCCAGCAAGCUGCUGUUGAACGGACUGGAGCUGCAUUCGUAUAUGCAACACAGCGGCGAGCAGCGCUCCAAUGGCAGCUUGUAUAUAGAUCAGCUGCAGCUUGAGCAGCUCAGCGUCGCGCAGCUGCACAUGCAUGGCACCAUCUUUGGGCACACUCUCGAGGAGCUCUACAAGCAGGGCUCACAGCGCCCGCACAGCUGGCAGCUGCCGGAGCACUUCAAUGGCACGAUCGAGGCCCGCAACGUCUGGCUCAAGGGGCACAUUAACAAUGCCACAGUGGCCGAGGUGGAACAGCAGCUGCAGCAGCUAGCGGGCAAUAUCAAAUACGUGGGCGACUUCACCUUUCGCCAUGCGGUCAACGUAAGUGGUCUCACCUUUGGAGACACCUUGAACGGCAUCGCGGCUCAACGAUUCGGCAACUGCUGGCUAGAGAGCAGCGGCCAGCAGCUGUUCACAGCACCCCAAACACUUGCGUCUGUGGCCAGCGAUAGGGACGUGCAGUUGCAGGGUCGCCUCAACAACUACACGCUGGAGCAACUGGUCAAAGGGAGCUACAGGCUGAAUGGCACGGAGCGCUUGCCCGCGGCUAAGUUUGUGAAUCCGAUUGUGCUGCAACAGUCGCUGAGCGUGGGUCGACUGAAUGGAUUGCGCGUGCCAGAGGAUAUGUUGUAUGCGCAAGGAGGCGGGAUGCUGCGGGCACCACUCAAGGUCAAAGGUCAUGUGGUGAUUGUAUCCCCGCAUCAACAAUGUAAUAUGAGCAGCAUGAAUGGCUAUCAGCUGAAUGCACUCAAGCAUUAUCUCAGAGGUGGGGAAAAUGCGGAGCUGGACACGCUGCACGUGGAGCAGGCACAGUUUGAAGUGCCACCAAGCUAUGAGAAACUAAAUGGACGCAAACUGCAGCAGCUGCUCGAUGAGCUUUGGCUAGAUAAUGAGUUUGUAGAGCUGCAAGCUGCGCAACUGUCCAAUGCCACCUUUAAUGGACUGCUGGCGUUUGAGGGCAAACUAAACGGUUUGGAUGUGGAGCAUAUCGAACGCAACUACUUUAGCCGAACGCGCAGUCAGCGUCUUAAUGUGCCGUUUAAUUUCGAGCAUGACGUCACUUUUGCACAGACGCUGGCUGCCAAACAAGUACAGCUACGUGUCAAAGAUGGCGCACUUGUUGAGGGCAUUGGCAACGUCUCACUAAAUUUCGAGGAUUUCGUGGCAAAUUCAUUAAAAACUAAUGGUCCACACACCAUAACAGCACAAUGGCGUUUACCUGCGGCUUUAGUUGUGGGGGACUUAAAUAAUGUGCGUGUUAAUCAAUUAAAUUUAGUCGAUGACGUACUGCGAAAUGAUAGCCAAGGCGUAACCUUAAUAUAUGCGCCUAAAACAGCUAAAACUGCCACAAUUAAACGCCUCUUUGCAACGCCCUCUAGCACAGUAGCAAAUGUUCCGAUUGCCCAGUGGAUCAACAAUACGGUUUACAUUUAUGGCAAUCACAGCAUUGCGGGCAUCACAAUCAUAGAAACCCUUAAUCUCUACAACGACCUGCGAGUGAAGGGUCCUGUGAAUGGCUUCCACUGGCAAGCGGAUCAAUUGCUUCUCUGUGAUCAAAAGCAGUAUAUAGCCGGCUCGCUGCUGGUGAAGAAUGCGCUGCCGGAACAGCAGCGCAUACUGAGUAGCAACAUCGAGGAGCUCUGGGUGGAUAGCAUCAAUGGACUCGGUGUGAAUGAACUGUUGGUUAAUAAGGCGCACAAUCGUCCAAAUUUACAUGUAGCCAGUCAGUUGAUAUUCACACAGCCAUUGACCGUGGCCAACUAUGAGUUGGGGGAUGUGUCAGCUGGAAGCAAUAAGUGGAAACGGGGAGUAGAUGCCCUGGACAACUGGCAGCAUCUAAAUGAACAAGUGGCUGCAGUGCAGCAGCGUCUCACAUCUCCUUCUUUUGUGCUGGAUAGAUUUUCUCUGCUGCAACAGUUGCCGCUAAAUGUAAGCCGACUAACUCUGAUGCAGGAGCCCAGCACCAAGACGGAAGUGCUGGCCAUUUGGCAUAAGCAACAGGAUCUCGAACAAUUCGCUGCCUAUGCAUGGCAGCCGCAGAAGCAGCAAUUUAUAUACAAUUCAAGCCUAGAAAAGCUCCACCUACCCUAUGAGAAAUUUACCAAGCCUGAAGUCGAUCACUUUACAGCUGUCAAAUGCAACGCCUCGUUCAUAAGCCCCUUGCGUCUGCAAUCCCUAGACUGUUUAGCAGUACAAAAAGAGCUGUUGUCACUCGACAUCUACUGCAUGGCCAACGAUAGUAUCGAUAGCACCAUCACUAGGCAUGCCUCGAUAUCAACUGGACAGGUAAAACAGUUGAUAGAUCCAACUGCUGACAAAAAUGCAUAUGUUCUGGCCUUGCUUGUCGCCAACUCUGUGGAGUUCUGGCAAUGGACUGUGGAUAGCAAGUACAAGUUGCAGCAGCGACUGCUCCUGAUGCAGGCUGAGCAAAUGGCGCUGGCGGAACAUGAGAAUCGUAGCUACCUGGCUGUCUUAACUGCAGCCCCAGCGGCCGCCAUUUACAUAUACAGUAAGGAGAGUAUUGAUGUGGACUACCAGCUGGCGCAAAUCUUUGACUUAGAGGAGGCAGUACUGCCGCGUCAGCUGCUUUUAAUGCAUCUGCACAAGUCCAAGGAUCUGCUGCUGUGCUUAACCAAUGCUUCUCCCACUCAAACCCUGCGAAUCUAUCAGCAUCAAGGCGUGGCGGGCUUUCAGCAUCUACUAGGCGAUAGUACGCUGCCCGCCUCACAGUCUUUGCAAACUUUGGAGUUAUCAGAAACACAGCUUUUGGCUUUAGCUAAUGGCGAGGGCAUCUUUUUGGUUGGACCACUAUUCUCUAGGCUCUAGUCUGAAACAAAAUUAAUUAUGCUUAGCAUUUAUAUGUAAAAUAUAAUUACCGUUUACUGUUGUUUAUUGUAUUACCAUGAGAGAUGGAUUUGUUAACAUAUUAUUAAAUAAAAUAUUUGUUGUAUUCUUUUAAAUCCAUCAUGCAGAUUGAACGUGCCUGCAUACAUAUAAGAUAAUGGGAUCUCAAAGGGGAAAUUUUGGCUUGUGGAAUUGUCGAUAUUUAUUCAGCGAAUAUAUAAACUAUUUUGGCUGGUAGACGUAUAAUGUAUGCCUGUGCCGGCCUUAAAAGAUUGAAAACCUAUAAUCCGGUGCCGUUGCCAAUUUUGUUGUUUAAAUUACUGCAGAUAGUUGAAGUAAGAAAUUCACUUCAACAUUCAGUAUACUCUUUUUAAGAAUGCAUGACUAUCUUUCUAGUUGACUCAACAUUAAAAUUAACUCAACUGAACGGUAAAAAAUUCGUUUGAUUUCUUUUCGCUUAUUUUCAAAUAAAAAAUUCUAUUCGAUUCAUAUUUAAAAUUCUCUUUCAUCUACUGCAACUGCCAACCACCCACUAGAUAACGCCAACGUCGUCCUCACAGCUUGCCUCACGGUGUUGGCUCCUCACUGCACACAAUUUUAAGACACAAAUG